AGGGCGGGGCGGCAGCCCGCGCUAGACCCCGGCGGCGGGGGAAGGGAGCAAGCCAGAAGCUAGAAAGCCGGAGUAGCAUGGAGCCCUCCGCGGACCGGCUGACCAGCGCUGCAGCGCAGGGCCGCGCCCAGGAGGUGAGAGCGCUACUUGAGGCCGGCGCGCCGCCCAAUGCCCCGAAUCGGUACGGUCGGAGCCCGAUUCAGGUCAUGAUGAUGGGCAAUACGCACGUAGCCAGGCUGCUGCUGCUGCACGGCGCGGAACCCAACCGCGCAGACCCAGCCACCCUCACCCGACCAGUGCACGACGCGGCCCGGGAGGGUUUCUUGGACACGCUGGUGGCGCUUCACCAGGCAGGAGCGCGGUUGGAUGUGAGCGACGUCUGGGGUCGCCUUCCGGUGGACCUAGCUGAGGAGCGGGGCCACCGCGACAUCGCGCAGUAUCUGCGCGCGGCGGCAGGGGACACCGAAAGCGGCAGCCGAGCCUACACGGCCAGGAGCGGAGGGUCCCCCAGAUAGCGCCGACUUAAAGAAUCAUUGAGGCUGAGACAGAGCUUCAUUCUACGAAGUUGGAAGAAAGCCCUACACUGCACCCAAUUUUUCCCUGCUUUCUUAUUUCCAACUUUUUAAUAAAUACAGCUUUUUAAAAAUGUGAA